AAUGACGUCAUCAGCGUCGUCAUAGAGGAGGCUAAGCUGCCAAAUUUGCCCCCGGCAGAUAAUGAAGCAGCACCCAAGCAAUCUUUAGCCUCUUAAAACGAGUAAACUCAGCGGCAAAAUCACACAAUUCAACAACGGCAGAAGAACUGAAGAAGAGGAAGAAGAAAGAAGAAGCAGAGGAGGAUAAAAAAACUAGAGGGAUGGAAAGCAAGGCGGAAGGAAAGGGAGGAUACUGGGCGGCGCUGGACGCGCGGCGGUGCGACUCGUGCAAGGCGACCGCGGCGGUGGUCUAUUGCCGAGCGGACGCGGCGUACCUCUGCCGCGGGUGUGACGCACGCGUUCACAGCUUGGCGUCACACCACGAGCGCGUCUGGAUGUGCGAGGUCUGCGAGCAGUCGCCGGCUGUGGUCACCUGCAAGGCGGACGCCGCCGCGCUAUGCGACGCCUGCGACGCCGACAUCCAUUCCGCCAACCCCCUCGCUAGCCGCCAUGAACGCGCUCCGGUCGUACCCUUCGUCGAGCCACUCUCAGACGCCCACAUCAAACCCUCGACUGCUACCGCCGCCGCCGCUGCUGACGCAGGCGGUGGCUGGUUCCCCGUCGGCGAAGCGGCUAUCCUGGGCGAUAGCAACAACGAGGCGGCCCAAGACGUCGAUGCGGCUGCAGCCUCCUGGCUCCUCUCAUCCCAAGGGCAUUCUAACUUCAAGAGCUUGAUCGGGGCGGCUGAACUCAAAUCAACUGAUUAUUUCUUCUCAGAUGUAGAUCCAUACCUGGAUCUGGAGUACGCCACUUCGAUGGACGCUCGAUUCCACCAAUCGGACAGCGUCGUCCCCGUCCACAACAAGGCUGCCAGUUUUGAUGGCGGAGCCCCGGCUCUUCCAUCGUUCCAGCUCCCUGCGGGUGGCUGUAUAGAACUCGAUUUUGCUGCGUCCAAGGCCUCCUACAGUUCCCACACUACCCACUCCGUUAGCCACAGCAUGUCGUCUUCGGAGGUCGGCGUGGUGCCGGAUGGCAGCGUGAUGGCGGACGCGAACGAUCCCUACGCCGGAGCUGCCGGGAAGGCGGCAGCGCAAAUGGAUCGUGAGACUAGGGUCAUGCGAUACCGCGAGAAGAGGAAGAACCGUCGAUUCGAAAAAACGAUCCGGUACGCGUCGAGGAAGGCGUACGCGGAGACGCGGCCGCGGAUCAAGGGGCGGUUCGCCAAGCGAACGGACAUCGACGCGGAGGUCGACCGCAUCUACUCCUCCGCGGCCGCCGCCGCCGCUGCGCUUAUGGCGGACUCCGCCUACGGCGUCGUCCCAUCGUUUUGAGGGCGAUCGAUCGCCGCUUGUAACUUUUAAGAUGUAACGAUAUUCCUCUCUAUUCCCCUCUUCCGCUUUAUAUAGAUUAUUAUAUGCCUAAAUUAAGCUGUAAACUGUAUGUAACCUUCCGAUGCCGUCGGCACGCGAAUCUUGAUGUUUCAUUUUUGGAGGGCUCUUCAACUUUUUAA